CUUCUUCUCUUUCCUUUAUUUCUACAUUUCUCAAAACCUUCCUCUCGUACCUUUUGUUGUCUUUCUUGUUGAUUUUUGGAAUGCUAUUAGAACAAUCUCAAAAAGCAAAGAUUGUUUCUUUAAUCUUUUUGUUUUCAAGCUUGAUCAAUCAUGUGUCUGCUGAAGAAGAAGAAGAACAUGCUGUUGAUCCCACUUCUGGGGAGUUUUGGGGUCAAAUUAUUGCAAUCCUAGGCCUUGUGGUUCUCAGUGGUAUUGUAGCUGGUCUUACUUUAGGCUUGAUGUCUUUGGAUACAACUAAUCUUUCAAUCUUAAAACUUGCUGGUACUCCUCAGCAGCAAUAUUAUGCUUCUCGCAUUAUUCCCAUUCGUAAAAAUGGCCAUAUUCUCUUGGCUACCUUGCUCUUGACAAACACUGUUAUAAACGAAACAUUACCUAUCUUGUUUGACAGUAUCUUUAGCAAAGGUUUCAUCUCUGUGAUCGUCUCUACUGCUCUUUUAGUGUUGUUUGCUGAAAUUAUACCCCAAGCCAUUUUUUCAAAGCAUGGGCUCAAGAUUGGUGCCAUGUUUGCUGUUCCUGUUAAAGUUCUGAUUGGUAUCUGGUUCAUUAUCUCUUGGCCAAUUGCCAAAUUUUUGGAUCAUUUGUUAGGUACACAUACUGGUUUUACUUACAAUAUUCCAGAACUUGGUGCAUUGGUUGAACUUCAUGAUGAAACGAAGCAUGAUGAAGGAGUCUUGAAGCAUGAAACUGUCAAUUUUGUACAAAACGUACUGUCGAUGCAAAUCAGACCUGUCAGCCAAUUUGUCUCUCCCACAAGCAACAUGUUGAUGCUGCCUUCAGAUACCGUGGUCAGUUUUGAAAAGGCAUCUCAAUACAUCAGAGAUGGAUAUUCGCAUAUUUAUGUCUAUGUCAAAGAUACCAAGGAACAAAUUACUCAAGCUCAAGAUGAUUAUCAAAUUCAAGGUGUAUUAGAUCUAAAACAAUUUAUUGUUAUGCAAGGACAAGACUUGACGGAGCCUAUUGGUAAUAUGAAGCUAAAUUCUUUCUUGACAAGCUCUUCAAGAACAACCAUGAUUGAAGUGAUGAGCCAGCUAUUAAAAGACAAAAGCAAGAGUCAAGUCAUGUUGAUCUAUCGUACAGAGGGCGAUGUUAGAAAGAACGGAGAAGAGCGAGCUGAAAAGGCACGUGAAGCUGCAUCAAUCAAAGAAGCCGCAUUAAAGAAGCACAAAAAGAGUAUUUCAUGUAUGAUGAAGCAAUUGUUCAGCCGUCGUUGCCAUGUAUGCUACAGUUUCUCUAACUCUCAAUUCGUGUCUACUGCAUCGAUGGACCAACGAAUUGAAGAAGGAACGAUCCAUUCUACCAGUAGUGUUCCUACAACUAUUGAUGCUGAACUAGAGUUAGGUCUUUUGGGCGUGAUCACUGCUGCCGACAUUCUAAGCCAAUUGUCGUCUCAUGGCCCGCAUUUGAACUUUAGUCAUCAUGAGAAUGAAGUUACAGAAAAAUGAGUUACUUUGCUUAGCUUAUAAAGCAAUUAUAUUUUCUCGAUGCAUGUAAAUAUAAGUAUGUAGUAUUUUUAGUAAACCAAUAAACAGACACACUAUUUUAUUGCUAAGAA